AUGGCAAAACUGCCACCCAAAUCUAGGAAAACUAAAACCAGUACUCGAGAGGAACUGCUAAACAUGGACAAGAAUGACUUAAUAGAUAAAAUCUUACAAAUAGAAGCACAUAAUGCGCAGUUGAAAAAUAUAAUAAGCAAAAAUGGGUCUGGCGAAUCGAAAUACGAAACUGAAGACAAAAAGAGAAAAUUUGACUUCACGAAAUGCCAUUUUCGUCGAGUUCUACUCCGAAUUAUUUACUUCGGUUGGGACUACCAAGGCCUGGCUGUGCAAGAAGACUCAACUCAAACCAUAGAGCAUCACCUAUUCCACGCUUUGAUUAAGUCAUGCCUCAUAGAGAAGAGAGAAACUUCACAGUAUCACAGAUGCGGCAGAACUGAUAAAGGAGUCAGCGCUUUCGGACAGGUGAUAUCCAUAUCGUUGAGGAGUAAACACCCUCCGGAUCAGCAGCAUCUGCCUGCUUCCAUAUCAUCAGAGAUGCAGUACUGCAAGAUCUUGAACAGAUUACUGCCUAAGGAGAUCAGGGCAGUAGCCUGGAUGCCGAUACCUGAUGAUAAGCCGGAGUACAGUGCGAGAUUCGAAUGCACGAAACGUCAAUAUAAAUACUAUUUCCCGCGUUCUUCCCUCAAUAUUGACGCGAUGCGAAUUGCAUGCGGCCAUCUUGUAGGCUCGCACGACUUCCGUCACCUCUGCAAGAUGGACGUCGGUAAUGGCGUCACGGAGUUUACGCGGGAAAUAUUUAAAGCUGAAGUGCUAUCUGUGGAUGGUGAAAAUGAGGAGCCGACAGCCAUGUUCUAUCUUCUGGUAGAGGGUAAUGCCUUCCUCUGGCAUCAGAUCAGGUGCAUCAUGGGGGUUUUAUUACUGGUGGGGAGAGGAGACGAAUCCCCCGAUGUGGUGAAGGAAUUAUUGGACGUCGAAAAGGUUGCGAGGAAACCUCAAUACAAUAUGGCACUGGAUUUGCCACUCAAUUUAUUCCACGCUAGUUACGAUUUAGAAAACAUCCAGAAGUGGGUGUUCGAAAGGGAUGAACUGAAGACAGUUAUAGCACAACUGCAGAACGAAUGGACCAUGCAUAGUAUCAAAUCCACAAUGGUGAAAGAAUCAAUAAGAGAACUUGAGAAAGAGUACUCUAAGCUUAGUGCGAGUGAGACAGGUGCUGUUAACGAAGAGAGUGACAGAGUUAUAGAAUACACAAAAUGUUUGUUACAAGGAAUACAACCUAGGGUGUACACGCCGUUGUUGAAAAGGGAGACUUGUUCCAGUCUAGAAGAGAGAAUCGAAUAUUACAGGAAGAAAAGAAAACUAGACGGCCCCAUUGAAGAAAACUAG